GUUUUGUGGUUUUGUGAUAUAUUUGUUUGAGGUUAUGUGGGUAAUGUGCAAAUCAAAUCUUUUUCCUGACAAAUGUAAAAUGAGAUCUGAUUUUUGAAACUUUCUUUGUUAGUUUUUGAAGGAUAAUGGCUUUGAGCACAAUAAGAAAUCUUGCUGGAACUGUGCUGAAGCAGCACAGUCCUUCGUUAAUCGUUCCGUUAGACAAAAUACAUACGAGCACGGCAAAGUUUGCCUGGAAAAAUGAGCAGUACAAAGCUCCCCAGGGUUUCCUGAGGUAUAACGAAAAAGUGUACCCACCCCAAGGUCCCGAUGAGGAACCAAGACCAGGUUUUGUCUGUCACCAAAGGGCAAACAUCAAGUACAGCCCCAAGAAAAUGUGGUAUUUAGCUAGUUUUAUUCGUGGGAUGGCAGUAGAUGAAGCUAUCAAGCAGUUGAAGUUUGUUACAAAAAAAGCGGCCAAAGAUAUUCGCGAGGUGUUAGAAGAAGCAAAAGAAUUGGCUAUGAAAGAUCAUAAUGUUGAAUAUCCAAGCAACAUGUGGGUUGCUGAAUCUUUUACUGGUAAAGGCCAAGUGAUCAAAGGCCUAAGGAGGCACGCACGUCGUAGACCCGGUUUAGUAGAAUACAGAUAUGUCCACUACUUUGUGAGAUUAGAGGAAGGCACUCCCCCCAAACACUACUACUUGCCUUAUCCUAAGGAACCUCAUGAACAGCUUAAGGAAUGGGUGGAACAAAUGAGGAAGAGAAAGAUUUACAAUUCAUUGUAAAUAGUUUAUUAGAAUAACAUUUUAUAAUAUCUCUGUUGUUACUUAUGUACUACUAAAUAAAUAAGUUAAAAGUUCUGGUGUGCUCAUG